AUUUUUUGAUCACCACCCUGUAUGUGGAUAAUUUAAUGUAAUUCAUAAUACAGAUAUAGCUACUUAUAAAAUUAGCUAAAUUAAGAAUAAGCCACCGAAUAAAUAAUAUGACGCAAGCGCGUUCCAGUGGAGUUCCAGUUUUAGCAGAGGGUUGGAAAAAUCAAUAAAGCGGAAAUCUCUGGAAAAUCCAGGCGAAAUAGACGGUCGGGAAAAUGUUCUCUAGCAGAAAAAAGAGCUUGUGCGAAAGUACCAUGAUGUUUAAUAAGAUUUUUCAAUUGAAAACUAAUAAUAAGCUUUAAUAUAUCAAUUCGUGCGUUUUAAAACAUAUUUUAAUUAAUUUCAUAAUAUUAAAAUUCCAUAAAGAGUGUAAAGAGUAGUGUAAAGGUUUUUUUCAAAUACUUCACAAAGAUUUUUUUUCUCAUAUGAGCACAGAAGACUUGAAACCAAUUUAUAUAUUAAAAAAAUAUUUUAAUGGCCGAGAAAAACUCUUUUAAAAUUCUAUUAUUUUUAAUUUGUUUCACUAUUAAAUGUUGCGUCUUACAAAAACCGUAUACGGACUCGCGAAGACACGAUGUGUAUAUUGCGGGAUUUUUCCCUUUUGGAAAAGGCGUGGAACAGUCAGAAACAGUUGUAGAACACUUUAUAGGUAGAGGAGUUAUGCCUAGUGUAAAACUAGCAUUGGAUCAUGUCAACGAGCACUCCCAAAUUUUACGAAAUUACAGAUUGCAUAUGUGGUGGAACGACACAAUGUGCAAUGCAGCAGUGGGUGUUAAGGCAUUCUUUGAUAUGAUGCACAGCGGUCCUCAUAAACUUAUGUUAUUCGGGGCUGCUUGUACGCACGUUACCGAUCCUAUAGCUAAAGCUUCCAAACAUUGGCACCUGACUCAGUUAUCGUACGCUGACACUCAUCCGAUGUUUACCAAGGAAAAUUUUCCGAAUUUUUUUAGAAUAGUACCAUCCGAAAAUGCUUUUAAUCCCCCCAGAUUGUCUCUUUUGAAAGAAUUUAAUUGGACUAGAGUGGGUACGAUUUAUCAAAACGAACCACGAUAUUCUUUAGCCCACAAUAAAUUAGUUGCUGAUCUAGAUGCAGUAGGGUAUCAGAUUGUCGAAGCACAAAGCUUCACUAACGAAGUCACCACAGCUUUAAUAAAAUUAAAAGAAAAAGAUACCCGAAUACUUUUAGGAAAUUUUAACGAAAACUGGGCAAAGUAUAUAUUUUGUGAGGCCUAUAAGCUUGAUAUGUACGGCCGAAAGUACCAAUGGCUCAUCAUGGGAACGUACAGUCACGAAUGGUGGAAGAAAAACGAUUCAGAACUAAACUGUACUUUAAGUGAAUUAGAAACAGCAUUAGAACAAACAAUAUUAACCGAUCUGCUACCAUUAAGUACUAACGGAGAAAUCACGAUAUCUGGAAUAACGGCUGAUGAGUACAAGGUAGAAUACGAUUCAAGAAGGGGUGUCGAAUAUUCUCGAUUUCAUGGCUACACUUACGAUGGGAUAUGGGCUGUCGCACUGGCCAUCCAAAGUGUAGCCCACAAAAUCAAAUACUUUCGGCGAAACCAAACAGUUAAUGAUUUCAGAUACAGAGAUCCUUUUUGGGAGAAAUUAUUCUUGGAAGCUCUAAACAACACUAGUUUCGAAGGUGUUACUGGACCCGUUCGCUUCUAUAAUAAUGAACGCAAAGCCAGCAUAUUAUUGAAACAAUUUCAAGAAGGCAAAGAAGUAAAAGUUGGUGAAUACAGUGCGGCCAAACAACAUCUAGACAUGACUCUCGGUUCUUCCUUAAAAUGGACGGGAAAAUACCCGCCAAAGGACAGAACCGUUUUGAUUAUAGAACAUACAAGAGUGAAUAAGACAGUGUACGCCAUAUUGGCAUCGCUUGCUAUCCUUGGAAUAUUCAUUGCGACUUUCUUUUUGGCAUUUAAUAUAAAGUACAGAAAUCAGAGAUAUAUUAAGAUGUCCAGUCCACAACUAAAUAAUUUAAUUAUUAUAGGAUGUAUGGUGACUUACACUAGUAUCAUAUUUCUUGGUUUAGAUUCAGGAUUAUCCAGUAUUGAGGCGUUUCCUUAUAUAUGUACCGCCCGAGCGUGGACCCUAAUGGCGGGAUUCUCUUUAGCCUUCGGUUCAAUGUUCAGCAAAACAUGGCGGGUUCAUUCCAUAUUUACUGAUGUCAAGUUAAACAAAAAAGUUAUAAAGGACUAUCAACUGUUUAUGAUAGUGGGAAUACUAAUUUGCGUAGAUGUGGUUAUCAUGACAACAUGGCAAGUGACGGAUCCAUUCUAUAGAGAAACCAAAAGAGGAGAACCGUACCCACAUCCCUCAAACGAAGACGAAAUAAUAAUACCAGAAAACGAAUAUUGCACUUCGGAAAAUAUGAGUAUCUUUAUUUCUUCGAUAUACAUUUUUAAAGGCUUACUAAUGAUCUUUGGUGCUUUCCUGGCUUGGGAGACUCGUCACGUAUCCAUUCCAGCCCUAAACGAUAGCAGAUAUGUCGGUUUUUCCGUUUACAACGUUGUCAUAAUGUGCAUACUGGGAGUAGCUGUGGCACUGGCCUUAGUCGAUCAUCAGGACGAAAUGUUUUUGUUGAUAAGUUCCUUUAUAAUCUUUUGUACUACCAUUACGUUAUGUCUAGUAUUCGUGCCUAAAAUGGUGGAGUUACGCAAAGAUCCUGGUGGAACCAUAGAUAAAAGAAUCAGGGCUACUUUAAGGCCUAUGUCGAAGACUAGAAGAAAUUCUAGUGUUUCGGAAAUAGAAACAAAGAUGAAAGAUCUAAAAGAACUUAACUCUAAAUACAAGAAAACAUUGUUGGAUAAGGAUAGCGAAUUACAGAUGCUUAUUCAUCAACUUGGAGACGACGCUAAAGAUAUUCUCGAACAGAAAACUGAAGAAUCUUUUUCGGACACUAACAGGUUAUCUAUACCGCAAGUACGGAAAGACAUGCCUAGUGUUACUGAAACCAGUGAAUUGACAUCGCUGUGUAGUUUGAGCUCGCAACCUGAUUUCACGUCACUGCAUCGCACCGAUAGUCAAAAAAAACAAAAGUUACUUCCUCCUACUGUAGAACCUCCUCCAGCCAAAACCAAUACACAGAAUUCACCUAGUUUUGGCAAAACUACUGAAAACGUUAGUCAAUUUAGGCAUCAGAAUCAAGUCAAUGGAACUAUUGCAAGGCUAUUAGACAACGUUGAGGUUGAUUUGGACUCAAAAAUAGAGAAUGUCCAAAAAGAAUCUUUUGUCAAAGUAGAUAAUAAUUUUAAUAGUUUAAAAAAUAAUAAUAAAACAUCGCACGACGCUGGUGAGAAAAUGGAAAUUAAAAAAUCUGAAAUGCAGACGAAGAAAACAGCAAAAUGUGACGAAGAAGAAAUAGAAAAUAAUGUUCCAGUAAUAAAAAAGGACGAGAAACACAAAAAAACACCGACUCAUGAACGUACUCCAUCAAAAAGUAUAGCAACUCGUUCAAUUGAGACAGACGAAAAAAGGAAAGAGAAUAUUUCAUCAAAAAACAUUGAAGAUGAUGAUAUAAAAGGAAUAGCCUGCUCUCAAGCAACAACGCAAAACGUGCGAACCACCACACCCCAAAAGAAAAACGAAUGCGGAACGCACGUUGUGGCCAAAAGCGAAUUGUGGAACACUGGGAGCCAGCACAGGUGUCCAAAAGCACAUCAAAAGAACAGCAGAGUUAGUAUAAUGCAACAAACUAAAGUAUUUUCAGAAGAGACGCCCAUACAUCGCACCACAUCCGAAAGGAACAAACACGGGGGGCAGAAAGAAAACUCCCCCGCCAAGUCGCAUCUGUCCGACAUAUCGUCGAGCAGUAUAUGCAACCAGCAAUGCAAGAAAUUGUCAUAUUUUCAAAGUACCCCCAACGUAGCCGCUAUAAAGUCAUCAACUAUGAAUCGCACAAAAAGAGAAAAAUCCAUGUGUAACGCGAUGUCCGAGGGAGAACUACUGGAGACGGAUACGGAUAUCUUACCCAUUUUCCAGAAAUUGCUGACUGAGAGAAACAAGAGUCAGCACAAUAUAGACUACUCAUUUGGACGGUCAUGUCCGAAUAUUAGCAUUAAGUGCGAUAUUGUGGAGUACUUGUAAUUUAAAUAAAAUAAACGUAA